ACGACACUCCUCCUUAGUCCUUAGUCCUUCCGAAGAAGGAAGAACAACAAACUCGCCCAGAGCCCUUCGCCGCAGAAUUAGAAUUAAUUAACCCUCUCUCCGAAACACACACACCACUGCACACAAAAAUUCAUGGCUAUGGGUGGUACCAGAUUCAGAUUGUUGUUUCUGACGUUGCAACUUCUUCUCAUUUCCUGUGCUAUCUCGUCGGCCAAGAUUACCUUGAGGUUUCCUUCUCCCACCUUCCGCCCAGAAUCAUCGUCAUCUGUUUCCAUCAAAAGUAAGCUUUACGAAACAAAAUACUACACUCAAAUACUCGAUCAUUUCACUUACACUCCCCGGAGUUAUCAAACCUUCCAACAGAGAUAUCUAAUCUCUUACAAACACUGGGGCGGCGCUAAGCAAAAUGCCCCAAUCUUCGUCUAUACGGGAAAUGAAGGAGACAUCGAGUGGUUUACUCAAAAUACAGGUUUCAUGUUCGAGAACGCACCUCAUUUCAAAGCUCUUCUAGUUUUCAUCGAGCAUAGAUUUUAUGGAAAAUCGAUACCGUUCGGGGGCAAUAAAGACGUCGCUUACGCAAACUCAAGUACUCUGGGAUAUUUGAGCUCCACGCAGGCAUUGGCAGAUUAUGCAACUUUGAUCAUUGACCUCAAAAAGAAUUUGAGUGCAGUUGAUUCGCCGGUGGUAGUGUUUGGAGGCUCCUACGGGGGAAUGCUUGCAGCUUGGUUCAGACUAAAGUAUCCGCACGUUGCAAUAGGAGCCCUGGCAUCCUCUGCACCAAUCCUCUAUUUUGACAACAUAACAUCUGAAUACAGCUUCCACAGCACCGUCGGCAAUGAUUUCAGGAGCGAGAGUGAGAACUGCUACAAAGUGAUAAAGGGAUCGUGGCAACAAAUAGAAGACACUGCAGAACAAUCAGGCGGCCUGGACACACUCCGGAAGUCCUUCAGAAUAUGCAAGAACUACAUCAGUGCGGGUGCUCUUGUAAGUUGGCUAUCCACAGCGUUUAUUUACACGGCCAUGACGGAUUAUCCAACUCCAUCCAAUUUUCUCAAUCCUUUGCCAGCCUAUCCAGUGAAGCAGAUGUGCAAGGCGAUUGACGAUCGAAAAGCGGGAAACAAUACGUUGGAGAAGUUGUACAGUGCAGCUAACGUCUACUACAACUCGACCGGAAGAGCCACGUGUUUCAAUCUGAAUGAUGAUUCAGAUCCGCAUGGCCUCGAUGAAUGGUCAUGGCAGGCAUGUACGGAGAUGAUAUUGCCCAUUGGCGGUAACAAUGCGGACAGCAUAUUUCCCCCUUCGGAGUGGGACUACGCAGGAAGAGCCCAAUCCUGCGAAGAUGCUCUUGGUGUCCAGCCCAGGCCCAACUGGAUUACCACGGAGUUUGGCGGCCGUAACAUUCAGAGAGUCUUGAAGCGCUUCGGAAGCAAUAUUAUUUUCUUCAACGGACUGAGGGAUCCAUGGAGCGGGGGAGGGGUGCUACAGGAUAUAUCGAAAAGCCUCGUAGCCAUUGUUGCAAAGGAAGGUGCACACCAUGUGGACCUUAGAUUCUCGACGCCUGAAGAUCCAGAAUGGCUUAAGCAUGCGAGGAGAAGAGAGGUCAAGAUCAUCGAGAGUUGGCUCUCUCAAUAUUACCGCUCCAGCAGCAGCUAAUUGAUGUGAUUCUUGAUUUUUUCCAAACGCAUAUUUUUUGGCAUAUACACAUGGGAUUUUCAAUAAGAUCAAGUGCCAAUAUAUAUAUAUACCACAAUUUCUUCUUC